CUGAAAGUCAGCGGAGUAGAGGAACCGGAGCAGAGAGGAAUGACGGAGUUUACCGUUUUAACUCCAGAAACACAGACUUUAGACGAUGUUAACGGACACACGGGAGUUUUAAAAUGAUACUACAGGCGUUGUUUAACACGAGAAACCAACUUUAGGGGUUAGUUUGUGGUUGUGUGUUUUUUGUGGGAGUCGCAGGGGUUGACGGGGCGGUCCGCUGAAGGCUCAACAUGGAUGAAGCAACGGUGCGGCUCUGAAGAGGAAUUAGGGCCGUUUCUGGGUUAUUUCUGGUCGUGAGUUUGUCUGACGGAGCCGAGGAGGGUUUUUUAAAGCAGUAGCCUAUUUACCAGAAUUACAAAUCAAAUUCACCUGUUACUUGUUGUGGCUGACUGUUAGCAAAGACUUGAAGGUUUGAGACCCUCUGUGUCACUUCCAGAUGUUGAGGCUGUUGAGGCGAGACAUGCCGCUUUCAGAGAGGCUGGGGGAAGACUCUCCUCUGGCCGCAGCGCCCGGCCCGGCGCUCACCGCAGCCCCUACGGGCCCCAACAUUUCGUGGCUCCCGGAAGCCCCGCGGUUGAGCUCAGAACCGCCUAUCUUCCUCAUGACUCCCGCGGCACAGGCUGUGUCUGGCUUCUUCGUCUGGACCGCGCUCAUCCUCACCUGUCACCAGAUCUACAUGCAUCUACGUUUUUACAGCUCGCCCAGGGAGCAGCGCCACAUUGUGAGGAUCCUCUUCAUCGUUCCCAUCUAUGCCUUCGACUCCUGGCUCAGCCUCCUCUUCUUCACCAACGACCAGUACUACGUGUACUUCGACACCGUCAGGGACUGCUACGAGGCGUUUGUGAUUUACAACUUCCUGAGUCUGUGCUAUGAAUACCUCGGAGGAGAGAGCGCCAUCAUGGCCGAGAUCCGAGGGAAACCCAUCGAGUCCAGCUGUAUGUACGGUACCUGCUGUCUGAGGGGAAAGGCCUACUCCAUCGGCUUCCUGCGCUUCUGUAAGCAGGCCACUCUGCAGUUCUGCGUGGUCAAACCGCUCAUGGCCGUCAUCACCGUUAUCCUGCAGGCCUACGGCAAAUACAAGGAUGGAGACUUCAAUGUUGCCAGCGGUUACUUGUACGUAACCAUCAUCUACAACAUCUCGGUCAGCUUGUCUCUUUACGCCCUGUUCCUCUUCUACUUCUCCACGAGGGAGCUGCUCAGCCCUUACAGCCCCAUGCUCAAGUUCUUCAUGGUGAAGUCGGUGAUCUUCCUCUCCUUCUGGCAGGGCAUGUUGCUGGCCAUCCUGGAGAAGUGCGGGGCCAUCCCUCAGAUUAACUCGUUGGAGUUGUCCCUCGGCGAGGGCACGGUCGCCGCUGGUUACCAGAACUUUAUCAUUUGCAUCGAGAUGUUUUUUGCGGCGCUGGCUCUGCGACACGCUUUCACCUACAAAGUCUACAUGGACAAAAGUCUCGAUUCACAAGGACCCGUUCCUACGUACGGACAGUUUGGCCGCUGUGCCCCCAUGAAGAGCAUCUCUAGCAGCCUGAAGGAGACGAUGAACCCGGGCGACAUGGUCCAAGACGCCAUCCACAACUUCUCCCCGGCCUACCAGCAGUACACCCAGCAGUCCACACUGGAGCAGGGCGCGCCGCCUCCCGUCUCCCGCACCCACAGCACCGUCAGCGCCCGCGGCGACACGGAGAAGACCCUCCUGCUCAGCUCUGAUGACGAAUUCUAAAGAGGAAAAUGAGGCAAACAGGCACUCGUCGCACCACAGCUGAAUCUUAUUCAGACUGAUGUUUUAAUGGCGGAGGGAACUUAACCCUCCUGUGCAGCUGGUCCUCUUAAAUGUGUGAUUGAUUGUAGAGUUGCGUGUUUGUUUUACCUGUUUUUGAGACUGCUCAUGAAUGCGAGGACAUGCGUAAACAUUUUUUGCACCCACACUUCCCCAAGCGUCUUAUUUGGUGGGAACGCUCUGUGCUGAUUUUGUGUUAAAACCACAGGCCAAGAAAAUAAACAGGGCUGUGUCAGUUUUUGGAAAGUUCGUGAGUCACACUUGUACAUACUGAAUCAUACUUGACUUAUGAACAAAUGUUUUCUGGCUUGGAUAGAAGGUUAAUUUCAAAUUUUAGCUCAGUCUUGUUUCCUCCGCUCAUGUAAUCAUCCUAAUGGAUGUUAAUGUUUAGUCUCUGAAGGCUCUGUUGUUCUCAGAUAUCACUGACGUCUCAGAGUUUCCCCAGUCAUGGAAAUCCUUCAAAAGUUGAAUUAGAUAUUUUUUUUUCCGUGACUGGAAGUGAAAAAUAUUAUUUAAGUUCCAUAAAAGUUUUGAACUUUUAAUUUUAUGAACUUAAAAAUAAUAUUUAGAUAUUAAUUUGCAAAAAAUGGGACAAAUUAGUUGGUCUGCAAUUAUAUUAAUGUGCUUCAAACAGAGGCUGUUUGCAGUGUCGUGGCAGUCUUGUGGUGCAAAGGUACGGAAAAUAUACGUCUAGAUUAAUUAUGAGUGAACCCUGGUGUGUUGUGGGAUUUUAAGGGAGCCCAAGUCAGAAACACGAGUUGUAUGGAUCAAUGUUGAUUAUAUUGAUGGAACAUAUAAGAGCGAGGCAGAGCAGAUUAUAGAUUAUAUGGUACAUCUGCUGCAGGGGGCAGCAAGAGUGAAGGGCAGCGGCAGAACUGAUCAGGAUUACACUGGUGUAAUUGGGGCCUUAUUUGAACGGCUGGGAUUAAAGCUCGAGCCGGUUGACUCAGACCGUUCAGACCUCUGCAGGUCACAAUGUAGGUUAACAGCGCUGAGGGAAAAACACAGGAGGAAUAUAGGUUAAAGCUAACUUUAGAUGCUAGAGGAGCUCUAUCAUAGCAAUGGAGUAGUUCCUCUGUUAGCAUAGAUGCAUGAUGUUAAAGGCAGGCUGUGCUGACAUUUAAAGUCGAACUUGAAAGUUAAAUUCUCGCUGUUUUUGUAAGUAAACUGCCGCUCUGUAUAAUUUUCCAUUCUUUAAAAAAAAAAGGAAUGAAUCCAGUGUUUGUCCCACAGUUUAGAAAGGAGGGGGGCGAGCUGGCAUCAGCUGUCUCUCUUUCAUGACGUGACGGCAUGUAUACAGUUAACAGCAAGAAGUAGUCCUUUAAUCUCCAUGACUCCGUACGUACACAGCGUGGACGCACGGAGUCAUGGAGUCAUACAGGAAGUGCUUCAAUAACAGAUGAUGCUAAUGCUAAUAACUUGGUUAACAUCCUGUGUGUCUGAAGGAAAGUGAUAGCAUGAACCCAAACAGAUAUUGGACCAAUCUAAUCACCAGUACCGAUGGAGAACACUCAUGUGGUUCUUCUUGAUAAAUUUCAGUCAAAACAAACACCAGUGACUCACAUGUACUGAUUUCUUAGCAAAAUUUCAGUUCGACUUUAGAUUUGUUUGAGUUGUUUAAUUUAAAAAGAAAAUCCACCCAUCUCACAGCCUGAUGGUCCUGAUUGAAUCACUAACAUCCGUCCAAACCAAGUGACUUUUCUGAAUUUUCCCCGGACUCGCCCACUGUAGUGACUUCUCUGUUCAGCCAGUAAGGUUUCAGUAUUGUCAGUUUUUGCUUGAAAGAACUUAAGUCUUCAGCUUAACUACAUUUUUUUUUUUAAUGCACACUAACACAGGUCUUACCCUGAGUUAGGGUAUAUUUGAAAGCACAAACUGCAUAUAAGCACUUCACAUGUUCAUCUAACACAUUUACAGUAUGUCAGAGAGUCAAUAUUCCCUCAGUUAAAUAUAACGAGUGCGUAAACUUCACAUUGUUUCGUUUCUUUGACUUGGAUGCUGCUCUGUUCCAGUCUUUUUUCUUUCUUUCUUUCUUUUUUUUGUUUGAUUUCAUUUCACCGCAGUCAGAGCGGGUUAUUUUUUACUCAUAAUUGGAGUUCUUGAGUCAUCUGAAUGAGUCAUGCCGAGUCUGCCGACGUGUUUACUGUAACUACUUUCACUGCGCUGCUGUUGCUCUGUGUGAACACCAGGGGGCCGUGUGGAGGACACGGACACACUGACACUUAUCUGCCAGCCAUCAGGCAGUUAUCAAACACUUUAACCUUGGUGUAUAUGUAACGGAAAAAAAUGCUUUGUCUGAGGGCCUGUGUGUGUGUGUGUGUGUGUGUGUUGUCAGCAGAAAAUGGGAGCAAUCCCAGGCCUCAGACAGUGGUCAUGGGUCUUUUUUUAUUUCUACUUCUGCUUGACAUAAUAUUAGUUUUAAAUAAGAGGGAUGCCACGUCUGUGCACAGUAACCGCAGCCUAUUUUUAGACAUUGCUGAGUGCUGCCUGGGUUGUUACGUUGCUAAAUUUUGACAUGGAUAAAAACUGGAAUUUUUUUAUUUUUUUAUUUUUUUUUCACCACGACCAAGUUUCAUCCACAAAUGAGUUCCUUCAUAAAAAAAAACCCCACGUCAGUUCAGCAUUGUUGUGCUGCUUACAGUUUUCUGUCUUCAUUUUCUCAGAGUCAUGAAUGAACAACCUCAGAUGUCGGACAAACCGGCGUCGACGGAUUUUGGGGUUGAAGCGUUGAACCUGAUAGAUACGAAUCUCUUGUGUAUCUAUUAAUGUGCUUCUAUAAAUGUGAAAUGACAUUUUUCCUCUGCACUUUCUCAUCAGGGUGGAAAUGAUGAUGAACCCAAACCGAUGCAAGUUUUUUUUUUCCAUGCCUGAUAUAAUAGUAAUAAUAAUUCACAAUUUAAAAGCAAGACAGUGUGUCAGUCUUGCUGCACUUUGAAUGCCAUAAUUAACUUUUCUAGCUAAGACGCUCUCAUGCACUCUUCACUCCCCUCUCUCUACAUCUUUGUCAUCCGCUAAUGUGAGUCGUUCUUAUCACAUGUAUAUGAAUAUUGCUGAGGAAAUGCUGUAACUAUUGUUGUAAAUACAGUUUCAAGGAGGAAUAGUAGUGAUGUAUGUUGAUAUAGUCACAUAUGCUGCGAGGCACAUGAGCAACAAAGACCUAGUUUUGUAUUUUUACUUCAUAACUUUGGCUUUUUUAUUUUUAUUUCAGCAAACUCUUUUGGUUUCUAGUUCUUUGUAUAUUUUAAAGCUGCUCAUGAUGCUACUCUUUCAUGUCUAAUGGAUAAAUAUUGGAAAAAAUAAUAAAGAUAUUUAGUCUGGUAUUUAGGUUAACAACUUGGGUUUUUUAUUUUGCUAAUUUAUAUUUUGUGUCAUAUUCACGUCAUGUGAACACACCAG